AUGGAGAUAACUGCAAAAGCGAAGUUCACGGUUCAUCUCAUUUGCAGCAGAGACCCUGGGAGUAGGAGAUCCUUCCCUUCCCUCUAUAGGGCCAACGUUGACAUUCACCAGCAGAACUCGAACGAGGGACUUAGAGAGCUGCUGUCGCUGAGCCCUUAUAUAGAGGAUUUUAAACACGAUCUAAUAGCAGGUGGGCUCUUUAAGUUCUGUAGCCAUCCUCCAUUAUCUUUGUGGUUGGCACAGAGCAAAGUUACUCCCUCUGUUCCCAGCGGUGAGCCAAAGUCUAUGUCUAAUUGCCAAUUCCAUGGUUGGGUCAAGACAGGUCUGUCCGCUAGUUGACUCCUUAGCAGGCCAGCUGUCUAGACCUCUGGAUUUAUGCCAAGUUCUCAUCAUAUAGAUAAAUUCAUGGGGAAGUCCUCAUUAUAUGUACAGAUAGAGUUAAAAGGAUUUAAAGCUACCAUUACAUCGAGAUCAGGAGACACCACCUUCUAAAAAUAUCUGGCAUUACACAUACUCAAAGCAUUGGUGUGGUUUCUCUCCUGUGUGGACUCCCUGAGGCAGCCCCAGCCUAGCCCUUCCAGGACAAACAUUUCCCGCACUCAAAACAUUAAUGGGUUUCCCAUUUUUGUGGAUUCUCUGGUGCCAUUGAAGGUCCAAAUGAGCAGCAAUUCAUUUCCCACACUCCAGACACUUGCAUUGUAUUUCCUUCGUGGAGUCUCCAAUGUUGAUAAAAGGUUCCUUUCUUUACAAAGCAUUCUCCACACUCCCAACAUUUAUAUGCUUUCUAUUCCAUAUGGAUUCUCUGGUGUUUUCGAAGGCUUCCACUCUGAAAAACAUUUCCCACACUCUACACAUUGGUAAGGCCUCUCUCCUGUGUGGACUUUCUGGUGUCUGUGAAGAUGUUUUUACCGAGAAAAACAUUUCUCACGCUCCAAGUAUUUGUAGGGUUUCCCUCCUGUGUGGGUUCUCUGGUGCUCCUUAAGGGAUUUUGUUUCUCUGCAUUUAUAGGAUUGACUUAUUGUGUGAAUUCCCUGGUGUUUUGAAAGACUCCCUUUCUGACGUGGAUCCUUAGAUGCAUGUUAAGCUCUGAUUUUAUAGCAAAGGGUUUUUCACACUCCAAGCAUUUAUAGAGUUUCUCUCCUAUGUGGAUCCUCUGAUGGGAGACAAGGGUGUCUCUUCUUGAAAAACAUUUCCCACACUCCAAGCACUUGUAAGGUUUCUCUCCUGUGUGGGUCUUCUGGUGCCCCCUAAGGCUUUGUGCGAAAGUAAAUGACAUUCCACAGUCUAAACAUUUAUAUGGUUUCUCUCCUGUGUGGACUCUCUUAUGAAUAAUAAGAUAUGAUGAAGAGGAAAAACAUUUCCCACACUCCAUGCAUUUGUAGGGUUUUUCUCCUGUGUGGAUCCUCUGAUGGGAGACAAGGGUGUCUUUCCUUAAAAAACAUUUCCCACACUCCAAGCAUUUGUGGGGUUUCUCUCUUGUGUGGAUCCUCUGAUGGGAGACAAGGGUGUCUCUUCUUGAAAAACAUUUCCCACACUCCAAGCAUUUGUGGGGUUUCUCUCCUGUGUGGGUCUUCUGGUGCCCCCUAAGGCUUUGUGCGAAAGUAAAUGACAUUCCACAGUCUAAACAUUUAUGUGGCUUUUCUCCUGUGUGGACUCUUUUAUGAAUAAUAAGAUUUGAUGAAGUGGAAAAACAUUUCCCACACUCUUCACAUUCAUAUGGUCUCACUCCUGUGUGGAUUCUCUGGUGUACAUGAAGGUGUAAUUUGUCGGCAAAACAUUUUUCACACUCCACGCAUUUGUAGGGUUUCUGCCAAGUGUGGAUUUUUUCAUGCUGCUUGAGGUGUUGUUUCUGGGAAAAGCAUUUUCCACACUCCACGCAUUUGUAGGGUUUCUCUCCCGUAUGGAUUCUCUGGUGGAUUGCAAGAUGUGAUGCUGAAAUAAAACAUUUCCCACACUCCGCACAUUUAUGAGGCCUCUCCCCGGUGUGCACAGUCUGAUGGCUCAGAAGUUCAGCUUUCUCAUGAAAACAUUUCCCACACUCUCUACAUUCAUAGGGUUUCUCUCCUGUGUGGAUUCUCUGGUGUCGCCUGAGACUUCCAUUUCUGGGGAAACAUUUUCCACACUCCAGACACUUAUGGGGCCUUUCUCCUGUGUGGGUUCUCUGAUGUCUUACAAGGCCGGAAUGGGAAGUAAACUUUUUUCCACAUUCAAAGCAUUUAUACCGUUUCUCCCCUGUGUGAACCAACCGAUGGCUCCAAAGAUGUGCAUUUUGAGGAAAACAUUUCCUCUUACCUUUUGUUUUGUUUUUCUUACUUGCAUAAAGUGAUGUUGUAAAAGGCUGAAUUGAUUUACAGUGUUUUUCUAACUUGGAGUUUUUUGUAUGCACUACUUUGAUUUUCAAUAAAUGAACUUUUUAAAAUGGGGAAGGAGGUAGGAUUUUUCACAUUCCAAGGAUUUUUGGGAGGCUUUUUGUCCUGCAUGAUGAAAAAUGUUAUGUUUCAGAGGUGAAGAGCGAAGGGAAUAUUUUGCUCAUGGCUUAAAACAUUUUUGAAUUCUCCACCUCAAUGUACUCUUUGGUGGCGGAGAAGCAACAGGAAGAAGUUUUUAUUAAUUUAAGCAAAGAGAAGGCAAAUAAGCAGUCUAACUUUCUUAAAAAAACAAUCUUUAUUGAAAGUUGAAAAACUACAAAAUUAUAUGUGCACUAAACAUGGUGAGACGUAAAUAAGAGAGAGAGAAAAAGAAACAGAAACUGUGUAAGAGGGGGAAAUAAAGGGGGGAGAGGUGGAAAACCCCCAAACUAUAUUUUACAAGUUUGUUAUUGUACUUCACCAGACCUUAACCUAUUACAAUAUUUGUAAAAACGGAUCCAAAAUGUCAUUGAACUUGUCCAUGGCAAGUCUGCAUUUAUAUGCAAGUCGUUUAUAUGUUGUGAGUUUGUAUAACUUUCCAAUCCAAUCGUAGAAGGGAGCCGCAUUUUUAUUUUUCCAAUUCAUCAGUAUCAGUCCUUUUGUUGCGGUCAGGGCAUGGAGAGUCCACCCGUAUACAGUGGUACCCCGCAAGACGAAUGCCUCGCAAGAUGAAAAACCCGCUAGACCAGGGGUCUGCAACCCGCGGCUCCGGAGCCGCAUGUGGCUCUUUUACAUCUUUGCCGCGGCUCCGGGGCGGAUACUAGCGAGGGGAGGAGGCGCAUUGUGCGCCCCGACACUCCCCACUGUGGCGGGCGCUGUACUGGCUGUGACGUCGCAUGGGGGCGGUGCGUGCGUUAGUCACGCACCGUCCCGACGUCACCUUCCCGCCUGCAGUCAGAUCGCGGCUUCGGAGAUAUAUUUGUUUUAAAUGUCGCAAUGGUUUUGCGGCUCCCAGUUUUUUUUCCCUUCGGAAACGGGUCCAAGUGGCUCUUUUUGUCUUAAAGGUUGCAGACCCCUGCACUAGACGAAAGGGUUUUCCGUUUUUGAGUUGCUUCGCAAGAUGAAUUUCCCUAUGGGCUUGCUUCGCAAGACGAAAACGGCUUGCGAGUCUUGCGAUUUUUUUCCGCUCCCCCCCCCCUUUUUCUAAGCCGCUAAGCCGCUAAUAGCCUCUUAGCCGCUAAGCCUUUAAUAGCCGCUAAGCCGCUAAUAGCGCUAAUCCGCUAAUAGGGUUGCUUCGCAAGACGAAAAAACCGCUAGACGAAGAGACUUGCGGAACGGAUUGUUUUCGUCUUGCGAGGCACCACUGUAGUCCUUUUGUAAGGUUCCAUGUGCUGGGUAUAUAAUUCAAGAGGAUAUUUUGCUCAGUAAAUAUAAGGUUGUUCCGUACAGUUCUGUUCAUAGUUUCAGUUAUAGGACAAUGAAAAAACGUAUGUUUUAGAGAAGCAUUAUCCCUAGUGCAUCUCCAACAGUUAGAUACCAUAGCCCUUUUUAAAACAAAGGUAAUGGGGUACAGUAUAUUCUAAAUAUUACUCUAGCAGUCUAACAUCUAUGUUCCAUACUCAGUAAUGAGGGGCACUUAGGAUACAAGAUCAAAAGGAUAUUAUGGAGAUAACUGCAAAAGCGAAGUUCACGGUUCAUCUCAUUUGCAGCAGAGACCCUGGGAGCAGGAGAUCCUUCCCUUCCCUCUAUAGGGCCAACGUUGACAUUCACCAGCAGAACUCAAACGCGGGACUUAGAGAGCUGCUGUCGCUGAGCCCUUAUAUAGAGGAUUUUAAACACGAUCUAAUAGCAGGUGGGCUCUUUAAGUUCUGUUGCCAUCCUCCAUUAUCUUUGUGGUUGGCACAGAGUAAAGUUACUCCCUCUGUUCCCAGCGGUGAGCAAAAGUCUAUGUCUAACUGCCAAUUCCAUGGCUGCGUCAAGACAGGUCUGUCCGCUAGUUGA